GCGUGUCCCGCGCGCUCAAAACAGACGCAGCGCGCGCUUCGAGCCGCAGACGAGCUUCUCUCUGCUCAUCCAGCCCGAAAAAAAUACGACAAAAGAUCUGAUCCGGAUAACAAAGACAGGAGAAAACAUCUGAGAGCAUCAUGAAGUUCGCGGCUUUUCUCUGCGUGUUUGUUUUCCUCGCUGCGGAUGGAGGGUCCAUACCAGUUGAGCAGGACAGCCGAAGAGAGGGGCUGCUUACCAAGUGUUUAGUUGAGAUCCUUUCGAAGGAGCUGUAUAAGACCGAUGAUACUCCGCUGCAUCCAGAAUGCAGAAACAUCCUCUCACAAGGAUCUGAUCAUUCCAAAGAUGUGAAAAAUACUAAAGAACCAACUCAAGAGGAGCUGAAAAAACCAAGAGAAGAGUCUAAAGUCAAAGAUGAGGAACUCAUUGACCAUCUCCACAAGGCUGCUGACAAACGGGAGGAGUUGGGUGAUGAACGGAGCCAAGAAGAGUUUCCAAGCUUCGUUAAAAGAACCAAAGACAGACGUGAGGAAAUGGACGACGAACGAAGUCAGGAAGAAUUCCCAAGCUUCAUGAAAAGAGGAAUCAAGGGUAAACGUGAGGGAAUGGAUGAUGAACGAAGCCAGGAAGAGUUCCCGAGUUUCAUGAAGAGAAGACUAAAGGAAAAGCGUGAGGGAAUGGAUGAUGAUCGAAGUCAGGAAGAGUUCCCGAGUUUCAUGAAGAGAAGACUAAAGGAAAAGCGUGAGGGAAUGGAUGAUGAUCGAAGUCAGGAAGAGUUCCCGAGUUUCAUGAAGAGAAGACUAAAAGAAAAGCGUGAGGGAAUGGAUGAUGAACGAAGCCAAGAAGAGUUCCCAAGUUUCUAUAAAAGAUUCAACAUGCAUAAAAGAGAAGAUUCUGAUGACAGAAGCCAGGAGGAGUUUCCUCAGAAAAGAUUUUUCUCUAUGAUUUACAAGCGUGACAAUCCCGAUGAGGAGCGUAGCCAGGAGGAAUUUCCUUUCUACGAGUAUAAAAGAAGUCAUCUUCUAACCAGCCGGGAAAAACGCAACGACCUGGACUAUGACAGAAGUCAAGAAGCCUUCCCAAGUUACAUGAUCAAAAGAACCUACGGGGACGGAGAUGAAGAGGAUGAGGGGAUAGAGAAGAGGAUCUGGAAGCCAACCCACAGAUACCACCAUAAGAAAAAGCACCACAAACGCAGCGAGAAUGGGGACAUCGAAGAACCAGAUUACGAUAGAAGUCAAGAAGACUUCCCGAGCUACGUCAACAAAAGAAACUACAUGAAUGGAGAAGAAAUGGACGAAGAAAGUGAGGAGAGAGAAAAGAGGAUCUGGAAGCCAACGCACAGAUAUCAUCACAAGAAAAAGCACCACAAGCGCAGCGAGAAUGGAGAUAUCGAAGAUCCAGACUAUGACAGAAGUCAAGAAGACUUCCCAAGCUACAACAAAAGGACCUACGGGGAUGGAGAUGAGAUGGACGAAGAAAGUGAGGAGAUAGAGAAGAGGAUCUGGAAGCCAACACACAGAUACCAUCACAAGAAAAAGCACCACAAGCGCAGCGAGAAUGGGGACAUCGAAGAGCCAGACUAUGACAGAAGCCAGGAAGACUUCCCAAGCAAAAGGAGUCAAGGUCACUACAAACAAACUGAGGAUUUGGCGAACGCCCAACCUGAGGAGUCUGAAGAGCAAGAUGAGGAUAUUGCAAAGCGAUACUGGAAGCCCACACACAGAUAUCACCACAAAAAACAUUAUCGCAACAAGCGUGGCGACUCCAUAGAGCUCGAGGAUGAAAGUGAAGCCAGCCAGGAGGCCGAAGAGGAGCUCAACAAAGGACAACUGAGUUCAGCAGAAGCUGCGCUGAGAUACCUAACAAACAAAAAGAAGGAGUUAGAGGAGCGUCUACUCAACAAAGGUGACGUCUAUGAGAAACGCUCUCCAUGGAUUGACAGAGGUUACUACCGACCAGCCUGGUACAAAAGAAGCCAGAAGGCAGGUGAAAGUAUGGAUCAGCAGCCGUACCACACUCUAGAGGAGCUCGCCAAGACUCUCAGAUACAAAAGAGGCCUGAUUUCACAAGAGGAAUCACCGGAGGAGGAAAUCAGCGCCCCGCAACAGGAGCAGUUAAAAGAACUUGAGGAGCUGGCCUCUGAGGAUCAACAGAUGACAGAAACAACUUAACCAUUCAGAAAACCAGCCGAGAUGUCAUCUCUCUGUGUUGCCUGUGUGUGAUCCGCUUUAAAUGAAUGCAUUAUUAUAUGUCGUAUCUGAUUACAAUCGCUUUAGGCAUUUGUUAUUCCUGCAAGUCAAGUUUAAUGUUUAAUGUGAAAGCCAGAGAAACAAGAAUAAGUCGGUAUGCUUUAGUUUAGCUCACCAUUCACGGUAUUAACAAACCAUUAAGUAACUCUACUAGCUUACAUAACUACUAAUUAGCUCCAUAUUAAUAGUAAGUAAGUUUAAAUUAAAAGUGGGGUUUAGGUUAUGGGUAGGGUUAGGGAUGCAGAAUAAGAUCAUACUUUAUAAUGAACAGUUAAUAUCUUAAUAAUAGGCAGGUAAUAAGCUAGUAGUUAAUAGCAUGAAGUGAGACCUAAAGUGCUACCUAACAGUUUAUAAAAAGCAAAACUAGCUACAUCAUGUGAAUAUUCUCUCUUUAUUAACAUCUAAAAAUAACCAAGAAAACAAAAUGCCCAUGUACUUUUGACCGUGUUUAAGAGCAUGCUACUGUACAGCAGUGAAUGAUGUAGUAUGUGUUUAAAAAAAAUGGUUGUCAAUUAUAAUACACAUCCCUGCAUUGCUUAUUGUUUGCAUUUAAUAAAAGGUGUAAUUAUGGGACCAAA